AUGGCUUCCACAACAAAAGACCAGGACCAGCGGCCAAAGCCGAGUAGUUUCCGCUCCAUUAUUGCGGGUUCUACAGCCGGCGCUGUUGAAGUUGCUAUAACGUAUCCUGCCGAAUUGGUGGUUGUGGUGGAACAGUUGCCAAAACCCGAACGCAGCUCAAUCGCCGCUUACCUGAUGCCGGAAAACUACCCUGGCCACCCUUUGGCGCGCAAUGGCUUCGUCGCAUUCGACAAGUUUAAAGGACUACUUCAAGAUGAAAAUGGGAAUAUAUCCGGGCCGAGGACUGUCGUUGCUGGGUUUGGAGCUGGGUUUACGGAGUCGAUUCUUGCCGUGACGCCGUUUGAGAGUAUCAAGACUCAACUUAUUGACGACCGCAAAUCUGCAAACCCGCGUAUGCGAGGCUUCCUCCACGGCAGCAAAAUCAUCUGGCAAGAGCGCGGCAUAAGAGGCUUUUUGCAAGGACUGGUACCCACCACGGCACGACAAGCCGCGAAUUCAGCGGUGCGGUUUUCGAGUUAUACAACUAUAAAGCAGUUUGUGCAAGGGUAUGCGGCGCCGGGAGAGAAGUUGGGUGUUUUGAGUACUUUUGCGAUUGGGGGUGUUGCGGGGAUUAUUACUGUAUAUGCGACGCAACCACUUGAUACGGUCAAGACGAGAAUGCAAUCUCUGGAGGCUAGGAAGAACUACAAGAACAGCUUCGCAUGCUUUGCGCAAAUCGUCAAGAAUGAGGGCGUCUUGACUCUUUGGUCUGGAGCUUUACCUCGACUUGCGCGAUUGAUUAUGAGUGGCGGAAUUGUGUUUACCAUGUACGAGAAAAUGAUGGACGGGAUGGAUGCGUUGGACCCAGAACGGAAACUCAUUUAA